GUGUUUGCUAUGCUAUUUUGUUUUCGGGUCUAUUUAAAUGUGUUUGCUAUGCUAUUUUGUUUUCGGGUCUAUUUAAAUGUGUUUGCUCUGCUAUUUUGUUUUCGGGUCUAUUUAAAUGUGUUCGCUAUGCUAUUUUGUUUUCGGGUCUAUUUAAUGUGUUUGCUAUGCUAUUUUGUUUUUCGGGUCUAUUUUAAUGUGUUUGCUAUACUAUUUUGUUUUCUGGUCUAUUCAAAUGUGUUUGCUAUGCUAUUUUGUUCUCGGGUCUAUUUAAAUGUGUUUGCUAUGCUAUUUUGUUUUCGGGUCUAUUUAAAUGUGUUUGCUAUGCUAUUUUGUUUUCGGGUCUAUUUAAAUGUGUUUGCUAUGCUAUUUUGUUUUCUGGUCUAUUCAAAUGUGUUUGCUAUGCUAUUUUGUUUUCGGGUCUAUUUAAAUGUGUUUGCUAUGCUAUUUUGUUUUCGGGUCUAUUUAAAUGUGUUUGCUAUGCUAUUUUGUUUUCGGGUCUAUUUAAAUGUGUUUGCUAUGCUAUUUUGUUUUCUGGUCUAUUCAAAUGUGUUUGCUAUGCUAUUUUGUUUUCGGGUCUAUUUAAAUGUGUUUGCUAUGCUAUUUUGUUUUCGGGUCUAUUUAAAUGUGUUUGCUAUGCUAUUUUGUUUUCGGGUCUAUUUAAAUGUGUUUGCUAUGCUAUUUUGUUUUCGGGUCUAUUUAAUGUGUUUGCUAUGCUAUUUUGUUUUCGGGUCUAUUUAA